AUGCCACCAGGACCAUUGCCAUGGCCAAUCAUUGGGAAUACAUUCAGCCUACCGGAGGAAAAGCCUUGGUUCCUUAUCGAGCAGGUAUCCAAGGACUAUAACUCUCCGCUUAUCACGUUCUGGAUUGGGCGGAGGCCCACGAUCUGGAUCAACGACGCGUGGGCUGCCGACGAAGUUCUCGUAAAGCGAGCCAAUAUCUACAACUCUCGGCCGCGAAUGUUGAUGUUCGCCGAGUUGAUGGGUGGUCAAAACAAUCUACUGCAUAAAUACACGUACACGAGAGAGCAGCGCGAGCGAUUCCGUGACCUCCGGAAGCUUACACACCAGGGCGUUGGAAUUCAGCGGGUACAAAACUAUCGCAGCCUUCAGGAUGAUGAGAACAAGGUAGUAGUGAAGGAUUUGCUCACCACACCGGACAAAUUUGUGUCACACUUCGAGAGAUACGCUACAAGUGUUGUGUCGAUUAUCGGCUUCGGACGUCGCAUCGCGGACUGCCAAGAUCCGUUGAUUACUGAAGUGAUUGCUCAGAUGCAAAACUCUGCUCAGAUGGCAGUCGUCGCCAAAGACUUCCCACGCUUGAUGGAGACUUUUCCAUGGCUUGCAAAAUUCCCUGACUGUAUUGCUCCUUGGAAGCGUGGUACACGGCGUUCCACCAAACCCAAGUUCGGCCGCCAUGACUUCUUCUUUGCUUUAGCAGAAGAGGCAAACCAGAGUUCAGGCGAGAAUUACGCGAAGUAUUUGUUUCGUGAAGCACCUCAGUACAAUCUUCAUCCACUCGAAAUCUCCAAUCUCGCCGCCAACCUGCUCGGUGCUGGAGCAGACACAUCGAGUAGCACACUUGUUACGGCUGUACUAGCUAUGCGCGCAUUUCCUGAGGCCCUCGAUCAUGCGUGGGAUGAACUCGACCGUGUCGCGGGUCGGGCACGCAGUCCAACCUUGAACGACGACCUCCCAUACCUCCGCGCUUUCACCAAAGAAGUCUUCCGCUGGCGGUCUGUUGCGAUCAUCGGAGGUACUGCCCACGCCCCUGUUCAAGAUGACUAUUGGAACGGCUAUUAUAUUCCGAAGGGAACCUGGAUGCAAGGUAAUGUCUGGGCGAUACAUCACAAUGAGCGCGAUUUCCCAGAUCCUGACCGCUUCAAUCCACAAAGAUUCUUGGACACGGACGACAAGAGACCAUUCCCUGGGGAGAAGGGAUAUAUGACUUUUGGGUGGGGAAGAAGAAGUUGUGCAGGCCAAGCACUAGUGGAGCAGGGAACACAUCUUAGUGUCGCACGAUUGGUGUGGGCAUACAAGGUGGAACCAGAAGUGGACGAGAAUACUGGGGAAGAAGUGCCUGUUGACAUCUUCAACUACUCGAGUGGGUCCAACUGGAAACCCCAGCCUUUCCGAGUCAAGUUUACACCGAGACACGAAAAGAUCAAGCAGACGAUCCUUCGGGAGGGCAAGCAAGCACUGAACGACUUGGCCAUGUAUGAACGCGAGACCAAGUACACCUUCAGCACCUUUUAUCAAGUCAUGGUCGGUCUAUUCUCGUUCUACGUGAACCUCGGAAGCAUUAUCGGCUCGGUAAUCGACAACUACACUUCACGCUAUCUUUCCAAACUCUCGUAUCAGAUCCCUCUCGCCUGCAUGUUCAUUGUUCCAGUCCUGCUCGGCACAGCACUUUUCUUCGUCCCCGAGAGCCCUCGAUGGCUUUUGCACCACGACCAGCACGACGCAGCGCGCAGAUCCUUAGAGCGCCUUCGUUUCGACCAUGGGGACGAGUUAGAACUAGAAUGGGCCGAGAUGAUCCGUGGAGUAGCUGAAGAGCGUAGACUGAGCCAGAGUUCGGGAUUUCUGGAUCUCUUCCGUGGAAAUGACUUAAGACGUACAUUGCUUUGUUGGGGUACAAUCGCAAGUCAGUCAGCCAGUGGGGUUUGGUUCUUCAUUGGGUACCAAACGUACUUCUUUACCAUCGCUGGUAUCACAAAAGCGUUCGAAUUCAGCAUCAUGAACUCUUGCAUUGGGUUCAUUGGUGUACAUCUAGGUCUCUUCUCCAUGAACAAACUGUUCGGCAGGAGAACGAUCAUGAUCACCGGAGCCAUAAUGUGCGGUUUAUGUGAGCUCGCUUGUGGGAUUGCGAGUAGUGCGAAGCCAAACUCAACGGAAACCGGGAAUGUGUUGGUAGCUUUUACGGCGCUGUUCAUGUUUUGUUAUAAUGCUGGAGUGGGUGUUGCCACAAGUCCUCUAGCAACCGAGCUUGUUAGUUCGCGACUGCGCGCUUGGACUGUAGGAAGUGCGAACGCAUUGGGGUACUUUCUUGCUUGGCUGGUCGGCUUCUGCUCACCCUACUUCAUCAACCCCCAAGAUCUUGACUGGGGCCCGCAGUAUACCUAUAUCUGGGCAGCUUCGAACUUUUUAUGCGUGAUAUGGUUCUUCUUCUUUCUCCCUGAGACGAAAACGCGAUCGUUGGAAGAGCUUGAUGAGAUUUUUGAAGCGGGCUUCGCAGCACGGAAAUUCAAACAAUAUGAGUGCAGGAUCAAAGAGGAUGCUAAGCAAGAUGUUUACGGACAAGAAAAGCCUGAGGUGGUAAAUCAAGCGGAAUGA